AUGAAUGUGCGAUUACUGGUCAGGUCAUCUGAACCUCCCUUGAGAACCUAUACCGACAACUACAUGUGUUUGGCUCCUCUUCAUCCGACAUCGACACCCAUCGCGCGUAUUUCCGAUGACAUUCUGUAUGAGAUAUUCGACACCCUCGUAGCCAUGCCUGGGGCUAACGAGCCACGCCCACUGAGUCGCAAGGCGCUCAAAGAAGGCAGGAGCUGGCUCGCGGUCACCUAUGUGUGUCGGUACUGGCGCAAUGUCGCGCUGAACUCCCCUCGGCUCUGGACUUCGAUAAUGUUCAACAAUGAUUGCGGUCCGAACAUGCUCCGUGAGUUUUUGAAGAGGUCCCGAAAAUCUGCUCUCAGUGUCAGCAUCGAAGGGCCGUCCCUCCAGGACCUUGACCCCAUGGUUCGCUACCUUGCGGCGAUGUGUGCCGUGGCAACACACCGAAUCAACUCCCUAUAUAUCUCACGUUUCUCUCCGGUAGAAACAAACAUCAUCCUCUCCCCCUUCAAAAACGCCGCGCCUCAUCUGAGCACACUCGUCGUCUCCGCAGAGCAAAAGCCAGCUGAUUCCCGAGACAUGGAUAUGAUCCAGAUUUUUGACGACAAAAUGCCGUCCCUCAGGUCUAUCAUUAUUUCACAGCUUUCGCUCCAGUGGCGUCCGUACGAAAAUUUGACCCAAAUCUUGCUCAUGAACCAGCCCACACCGUCCUUAGUGCAGUUAUUAUGGACACUGCAAAAGUGUCCCAUGCUAGACUCCCUGGGCCUGGGCCUCACCAACUCUAAAUUCGCCUGUGACCCUCGAAGCGUCCUAUUGGAUACGGACCCCAUACAUCUGCCCAGAUUAGCCAACCUCCUCCUCGUGGCACACCACGACGUUGCGGCCAAGAUCCUCUCACGAAUCGCUUUUCCCUCCACCUCGACCGUCGUCCUUGCGCUGCAGCACCCACCCACGGAGCGCAUCAUUCUUGACAAUAGUAUUGUGUCGCACGUACAGAGCGUCUCGCUCGACGUGUAUGACCACAUUGGUGUGCAGGGGCUCAAGUUCAGCACGACCGCAGGCGGAACCGUGCACGUACAGUGGGACUGGCGCGAGGGCGUGGACGAGUUUACGCUCGUCACGCGGCUGCAGCACGUAGGGGACCUCGUGCGCUUCGUGGGCGUGCGGCAGCUGGUCGUGCGCGCGCUCGACUACGAGCUCUUCACGCAGGACUGGAUACACAUCCUCGAACACAUGCCUGCGCUUGAACGCCUUGAGCUCUCGGCGCCGUUCUGCGGGAUGCCGACGCUCUUUAACGCGCUUAAGCGCACAAGGACGUCCGUGGACGGCGAGACGGGGUUCAUACUAUGUCCCGGUCUCAAGGAGUUCAUCGUCUCACACGAUGAUGUGUCGCAGGAGGACAUUGCGUGGGCAGUGGAGUGUUUUGAGUCAAGGAGGGAUUAUGGUGCACGCCUAAAGUUACUCCAGCUCGACUUUAAGCGACCACUUGAAGAGUUCAAUCCUGCAUUGACAUCCAGGCUGAUCGAAGGUGACCUGGCAGACGUUGUGCGAACGCUCGAUCCCAGUGAGGAAACUACAGCUCUACAGCAGGAUGCGCCGUGUUGUGGACAUGGUGGUAUCUGUAUGCGUGUGGGUACGUAA